AUGGCUACCCCUAGUGUCCUCGCUUUUGACGCUGAGGGUCGAGCCGUAGACUUCGAGGUCUGGCUAGACGACCUGCAGCUGUUUUUACAGUGCGAUAGGGCGGACGGUCUGUCUCUCUUUGACCUCACCUCUGGCGCCGUCCCUUCCCCUGCUGCUGAUGCUGACGCCACUGUUCGCUCGCAGUGGGCCACGCGCGAUGCUGCUGCACGUCUUGCUGUGCGUCGCCACUUGCCUACCGCUGAGCGCGCGCACUUUAGCCAGUACAAGAGUGCCCAGACCUUGUACGACGCUGUAGUUGCGCGCUACUCCUCCCCUGCCACUGCUGCACUGAGCCGCCUCAUGCUCCCCUUCCUCUUCCCUGACCUUGCCGCCUUUCCCACUGACGCUGAUCUCAUCACGCACCUCCGCACUAUCCGGGACCACUUCCUCGCGGUCUGUCCCACCACCCUCACAGUCGACAGCCUAGAGAAGGCCCUCCUUGCAGCAGAGAAGAGCAUAGUCGCUGUAGGAGCCUCUCGAGGUGACCCCCGCGCCCCCAUCUUUGAGGGGUGUUCUCCUUCCCCUCUCUUGCCCUCUGUCGCCUCUGCCGCUGCGGCCGACCUCGUUGGUCUUGAGUCGGUCGGUGCGGCGUCUGCCCCUAGCGGGAGACGCCGCUCUGGCAAGGGCAAGGGGGGCAAGGGAGCGGGUGGGUCCAGUGGGGGCGGUGGAGGUGGAGGUGGAGGCGGCGGAGGGAGUGGGAGUGGCGGUGGAGGUGGUAGCGGGGGUGGGGGUGCUAGUGGCGGCAGUGGAAGCGGGGGUGGCGGCGGCGGUGGCGGUGGUAGCGGAGGUGGCGGAGGUGGCGGCGGUGGAGGCGGAGGCGGGGGAGGUGGAGGUGGAGGCGGGGGUGGCGGAGGUGGAGGUGGUAGGAGUGGAGCUUCGCAGCGGAGCGGCACUGGGGGAGGUCAGCGCCAGCAGCAGCAGCAGCGUUCUCGCGACGUCCCCACCCCUCAGCAGCUCCGUGAGUGGUACACGCAGCGUCAGCGCGGUGGGGGUUUUGGUCCCUGCACCUACGUUCUCCGCACUGGCGACCGCACUGGAGAGCAGUGUGGGGGCACCCACACCGCCCAGCGCUGCUUUGGCCGCCUGACGGACGCUUGGCGCCAGCAGUUCCCGGAGGCCGCGAAGAUCCCCCGCUGGGGAGAGCUGUCUAGGGCUGGUGUAGCUAUCUUUGAUCUUGAUUUUGAUGCUAUCCUUGCUGCCAUGUAUGAUGUGACCAUUAGUGAUGAGGGUGACUGUUACCGGUGUUUCCCGCCCGACCCGGGCAUUGGUACUGCUGCUCUAGGUGCCGGUGAGGCUUCUGCUCUAGGUGCCAGUGCGUCUGUGCUCUCAGGUGCUGGUGAGGCUGCUCUCUCAGGUACUAGUGCGUCUGCGCUCUCAGGUACUGCGUCGGCUUCGGCCUCCCACACCUUCACUCUUGACUCUGGAGCGUCUCGCUCUUUCUUUCGGGACCGCACCACACUCACGCCGCUUAGUCGGCCGGUUGCGGUUUCCCUGGCUGGCCCCUCUGGGGGUCCUGUCCUGUCUCGCUUCUCCACAGUCCUCCCGUGUCCGGCGGCUCCCUCUGGCACCCUGUCUGGUCUCUAUCUCCCCUCGUUCUCUACGAACUUGGUGAGUGGUGCUGACCUACAGGAUGUGGGAGUCCACCAGUUCACCCCUGCUCGUCAGCGAGUGAUGCACUGCACAGAGGCUAGCACGGGUCGUCACCUGGCUACGUUUACACGUCAGCCAGGGUCGAGCCUGUCUGGUCCUGAGUCUGCCCCCUGUUCGUGUCGCCGUCUGUCUCACGAGACCCUCCUCUGGCACCACCGCCUUGGCCACCCCUCUCUGCUUCGGCUCAGAGGCAUGGCCUCCCGUCUUCUUGUGUCUGGUCUCCCCCGGUCCCUCCCUCCCCUUCCUCAGGGCCUUGGCCCUGCAUGUGUCCCCUGUGUCGAGGGGCGCCAGCGUGCUGCCCCUCACUCCUCCCAGUUUCCUCCGACAGAGGCUCCGUUGCAGACGCUUCACAUGGACGUGUGGGGCCCUGCCCGCGUCCGUGGACUCGGUCACGAGCGCUACUUCCUGUUGGUGGUUGACGACUACUCGCGUUACACCACAGUCUUCCCCUUGCGCAGUAAGGGUGAUGUCACUGAGGUGCUGAUCGACUGGAUCCGCGCAGCUCGUCUCCAGCUCAGGCAGAGCUUUGGCUCGGACUUUCCGGUGUUGCGUCUGCACUCGGACAGAGGCGGAGAGUUCUCCUCUGGCCUUCUGCGUGCCUACUGUCGUGCGCGAGGCAUCCGCCAGACCUUCAUGCUUCCGGACUCACCGCAGCAAAAUGGGAUUGCAGAGCGCCGCAUUGGCAUGGUCAUGGACGACGCUCGUACGUCUAUGAUGCAUGCGGCUGCCCCCCAUUUUCUGUGGCCGUUUGCGGUCAAGUACGCGGCGCAUCAGAUCAACCUCCACCCCAGGGUCUCCAGGCCGGAGACCUCCCCAGCCCUGCUGUGGACGGGGAAGGUUGGCGAUGCGUCGGCGUUCCGGGUCUGGGGAUCUCGGGCGUUUGUCCGCGACUUGUCUGCGGACAAGCUGUCCCCUCGCGUUGCUCCCUGCGUCUUCCUGGGGUUCCCCCCCGACGCCCCUGGGUGGCAGUUCUACCACCCCACCUCUCGACGUGUUCUGUCCUCCCAGGACGUCACGUUCGACGAGUCAGUACCCUACUACCGCCUCUUCCCCUACCGCACUCCGUCCCUCCCCCCGCCCGCGCUCUUCUUGGUACCAGGUCCCCCCCCGGUAGACCCCCUCCCCCCUCAGGGUCCUGCCCCUUCAAGUGUGUCCCAGGUAGACGCGGUCGAGCCUGUCGAGGUCAGUGGUGACUCUGGUGCUGCUGCGGGAGCUGAGCCUGGGGGUGCUGAGCCUGGGGGUGCGGAUUCUGGGGGUGCUGAGCUUGGGGGUGCUGAGCCUGGGGGUGCUGAGCCUGGGGGUACUGAGUCUGGGGGUGCUGAGCCUAGGGGUGCUGGGCCUGGGGGUGCUGAGACUGGGGGUGCUGAGCCUGGGGGUGCUGAGACUGGGGGUGCUCAGACUGGGGGUGCUCCGCCUGGAGGUACUUCGUCUCACCGAGAGCCACUCUCCCCACAGGAGCUGCGUGAGUGGUUUGCCCGAAGCUGGAGGCGUGCUGGUGGUGCUGGAGGUUCUUCGGCUGCAGAGGGUGCUGCUGCCGAGCGUCCCGGAGGUGCUCGUACUGUGGGUGCUGGAGCUGCUGGGUCUGAGGGUUCUCCUGGAACUGGUGCUGCUGAGGGUGUCGGCGCUGAGAGUACCGCUGGCGGUCCGACUGGCAGUGCUCCUGGUGGUGCUGCUGGAGGUUCUGGAGCUACUGGAGGUACUGCUGGAGGUGCUGCUGGAGCGGGUACUCCUACUGGGGGUACUGGUGCUGUCCCUGCUGUUUCUGGCGUAGCCACGCGGCCCCGACCGUACUUCGUUUUGCUCCUGCAGCAGGUUCUUGGUCUUACACCUUCUCCUGGUCCUCCUCCUCCUCCCUUAGAGGGUCCACAACCUGUCUCGUCACAGUCCCAGCUACAGCCUGCCUCCCCUUUGCCUGCUCCUUCUCCCUACGCUGGUCCGACUGGAGGUCUUACUGAGCGUCGUGAGCCUGCGUCUCGUCCUGCGUUGCCUGUUCGUGCUGCGCGCACUAGUGGUCGCGGUUCGCGUCAGCGUCCUCCUCCUGUCCCUGGCACACACCGGAUGUCUCUGCGUCCGUCCACUGCUCCUCUGCGUGCCCCUUUGCCUUCUCCUCCUGCUUCCUCUCUUCCUGCUCUUGCCGACCCGGAGUCGGACUCUCUUCGUGCUGCCAGUCCUACUGUCACGCGUCUCCUUGCUACUGCUGUCACUGACCCUUCUUUCGAGUCUUCUGCUGCGUCUGCCCUUGUCACUGAGCUCGUCGACUUUGCUGCGCGUUGUCGUCUAGACUACGCUGCUAGUCUUGUCGCUGAGUCUGAGUCUGCCCGUCCUCCGUCCGUCGGGGGUGAGUGUGCCCUUGGAACGGACGUCCUUGAGGACAGGCAGGAGGAGUUCCAGUGUCUGGCCGCCGCUUCACCUCAUCUCGCGUCUGUACUGCUAGCCCUUGAGGGAGACCCGAAUGCACUUGACAUCCCGACUCCGCGCUCUUACGCGGAGGCGAUAGAGGGUCCCUACUCCUCUCAGUGGCAGGCAGCUAUGGAUGCAGAGAUGGCUUCCUGGAAGUCCACAGGCACCUACGUUGACGCUGUUCCCCCUCCUGGGGCGAACAUAGUCAGUGGCAUGUGGAUCUUUAGGGUGAAGCGGCCACCGGGUUCUCCGCCUGUCUUCAAGGCGCGUUACGUGGCUCGUGGCUUCAGUCAGCGGCAGGGGGUUGACUACUUUCAGACCUUCUCCCCCACCCUGAAGAUGACCACUCUUCGGGUACUACUGCACGUUGCUGCUCACCGUGACUACGAGCUGCACUCUCUCGACUUCAGCACUGCUUUCUUGCAGGGCAGCCUGCACGAGGAGAUCUGGCUGCGUCGCCCACCUGGCUUCACUGGAUCUUUCCCUCCUGGUACCCAGUGGAGUCUCCGGCGUUCAGUCUACGGUCUCCGCCAGGCGCCACGUGAGUGGCACAACACACUGAGGACUACGCUGGCGGCACUUGGGUUUGCUCCUUCUACUGCCGACCCGUCGCUGUUUCUUCGCACCGACACCUCUCUGCCGCCGUUCUACAUCCUCGUGUACGUCGACGACUUGGUCUUUGCCACAGCUGACACUGCUGGACUCGCCUACGUGAAGUCUGAGCUGCAGAAGAGACACACGUGCACUGACCUGGGUGAACUGCGCAGCUACCUUGGCUUGCAGAUCACCCGGGACAGAGCACGCCGCACCAUUACCCUGACUCAGUCACACAUGGUGCAGCAGGUCCUUCAGCGCUUCGGCUUCACGUACUCCUCGCCUCAGGCCACUCCUCUGCCUACUCGCCACUCGCUCUCAGCUCUGCCUUCGGAUGAGUCCGUAGAGUCGAGUGGCCCGUAUGCAGAGCUUGUUGGCUGCCUCAUGUACCUCAUGACCUGCACACGACCUGACCUUGCAUACCCUCUUAGCAUUCUCGCACGCUAUGUUGCUCCUGGGAGACACCGACCAGAGCACAUGGCUGCAGCGAAGAGGGUGUUGCGCUACUUGUGCAGUACGUCGGGCAUGGGGCAAGUGCUUGGAGGGCGCAGUCCAGUGGUCCUCACUGGGCACGCGGACGCUUCUUGGGCUGACGACCAGGCUACGCAGCGGUCGUCACAGGGUUACACCUUCAGCCUUGGUUCCGGCUCUGUUUCGUGGCGGGCUACUCGCUCGUCUUCUGUUCUCGGCUCCAGUUGUGAGGCUGAGAUCUACGCCGGGGCUAUGGCUGCACAGGAGUUACGCUGGCUCACCUACCUGCUGUCCGACCUUGGAGAGCCGCCUCGUUCUCCUCCAGUCCUGUACGUAGACAACAAGGCCAUGCUGGCCUUGUGUCGAGAGCAGCGACUGGAGCACAGGACAAAGCAUAUUGCUCUCCGCUACUUUCUUGCUCGUGAGCUACAGCAGCGUGGACAGUUGCGACUUGCGUACGUGGCCUCUGAGGCCAACACUGCUGAUGUCUUCACCAAGGCACUUGCGCCUUGUGAUCAUCAGCGUUGUUGCACGCAGCUGGGUCUUGUGCCUGUCUUGCCUCACUUGCUCACUUCUUGA